AUGCGCGCCAGUCCGUCCGAUGGCCGACGAAAAUGCGCGCCAGUCCGUCAGAUGGCCGACGAAAAUGCGCGCCAGUCCGUCCGAUGGCCGACGGUUCCGACCGUACGGUCGACCAAAUAUUUUUUUCUCGAUCUUUUCAUUUUCUCCCACUCUGAAAACCUUCUAACCACGAUUUUGAGAGUUUUUAUCGUGGAAAAUCUGAAAACGGCCGGAGAAAAAUCGAAUCAGUACGGUGACAAGUGUUCUGGCCGACGAAAAUGCGCGCCAGCCCGUCCGAUGGCCGACGAUUCCGACCGUACGGUCGACCAAAAUUGUUUUUUCGAUUUUUUCAUUUCCACCCACUCUGACAACCUUGUAACCACGAUUUACGAGGCUCGGGCGUGGAAAAUCGGGAAACGACCGACCGAAAAUCGAAUCCGUACCGGUGAAAUGCGUUUUGGCCGAGAAAUCAUGCGCGCCAGUCCGUCCGAUGGCCGACGGUUCCGACCGUACGGUCGACCAAAUAUUUUUUUCUCGAUUUUUUCAUUUGGCCACUCUGAAACCUUCCAACCACGAUUUUGA